AUGGAAAUGAGGAAGGCGAAGAAGAGAGCUGAUGAGAUGGGGAGAAAGCGGGAGAUAAGGAAUUCUGUUUGGAUGAUGCUCAUAUUCCAGAGUUUUUCCGUGGUUGUCUCCACUCCCAUACUCCAAGCCUCAAAUGGACUCUAUUGGCACAUGUGUGAUUGUUGGAAACCCAUCUGCGCUGCCCAGCUGCAUAGUUUGAGGCUCAUCCUGACGAUAUUAUUGUUGAUGGAGUCUGUACUUUCCGUUUCUUCUUGCAUACUACCCAUUUCCAUAAGAUUUAGGCAGACAACCUUCACUUUCACUUUUCAACAAACCCACAGUCUUCUUCACGAAAUCGUCAAUUUUUUGGUUCGAAAUGUUCCAGCAAUAGUCGCCAACUAUUGGUGUCUAUCAAGGAACUGUUAUUCGUGUGACUGUUUCGAAGGUGAUACUGACUUUCCUAGCACUGGAGACGAUUUAUUAUUACGAGAACACGAAAUCAGGAUAAGACUAUAUCAACAUCUGCGGGUAUUGAGACAAUGCCCUUCAAGCAGGUAA